AUGCGCGCCGUCGUCGCGCGCGCGGUCGACGCGUGCGCGCGCGAGGGACGCCGCGCGCGCGCGAGAGACGCCGCGCGACGAAUGUCCGCGCGCGCGCGAUGGACGACGGGACGCGGCGGCGCCGGGACGCGCGCGACGCGCGCGAGAGAGCGAGCGUUCGCGGGACGACGCGCGUGUUCGUGCGCGCGCGCUGGGGUGGAGGACAUCGGGACGAUCGAGGUGUGGUGUCUCGACGGGACGACGCGCGGCGGCGACGCGGCGGCGACGACGUCUCGGGCGAGCGCGCUCGCGGGUGAGGAUGAGGUGGAGGCGUUGGGUGGGAAUUCAGCGCGGUUGAUCGCGCGGGCGUUCUUGCGGCGGGUGUUGGCGACGCACGGGGGAAGGGGGGUGAAGGCGAGGGAGGUGCGAUUCGAGCUGGGCGAACGCGGGAAACCGCGCGUCGUCGCGCCGCGCGCGUUGGAGGGGACGUAUUUCUCCCUGUCGCACUGCGAUGGGCUCACCGCGGUGUGCGUCUCGACGCACGGGGAGAUUGGGAUCGACGUGGAGGAUGAAAAUCGAAGGAUCGGAUCGGAUGUGAUGAAAUUCGCGAGACGGUGGUUGAGCCCGAACGAGCGCGAGGCGUUGGAAGCCGUGCGCGACGACGACGAACGCGCGCGCGCGUUCAUGCGUCUGUGGACGGCGAAGGAGGCGUACGUCAAAGCGCUCGGGUUAGGGAUCGCGGGGAGACCGUUCCGCGAGUUCGAUAUCGAUUUCGGAUCGUCGCUCGACGUGCGCGACGACGCGGCGAGCGACGGCGGCGCGUCGUGGCGACUCGCGCAGUUCAGGCCGCGUGCCGACGACUCGCACGUGUUAUCGCUGUGCGCGCUCGCAAACGCCGAUGGGACCCUUCCGCCCGUUCGCGCGCGGUGGGCGACCCUGUUCGACGACGACGGCGUCACCGAAGCUGACUUUGUCCUAUUGAACCAGUCUCGUCGCGAGUAG